AGUGGAAACAAAGGAUGCUUUUGAGUUCGAAUCCUUGCACUGCAGGAAUUUUCACUGAGAAACGCAUAGAGUCGAGGAACCGAAUGAGAAAUCCGCAAGCAUCUGAGCUUCCCCGUCGGGGUGCGCUUCGUCUGAGCCGACAACGCAGGCGGUCGCGCGAAGUGUCGGUCAACGUGUAAGUCACUUCAGCUCCGGUAGUGUUACCAGUUGAGGGAUAGCAACAAAGUUCCUCUUUUUAUGGAUUUGUACGACGUUCGCAAGCCGUUGACUGCAACCGCGGUGUGUUUUCUGCUUUGCCCGAUCCACCAUGACGGCGUGUUCUACCGCCCUCGCGGCGUGUAGCGCCGCAAACGGAGCUGCACUCGCUUGCAGUUCAUCGUUGUGGCGCCUGCUUGGAACAGCAACAUGUGAACUGCGGAAGCACGCUUCGUCAUCUUCGCCGUCUUCUGUUCCCUUCUGGCCGGAGCCAGUUUCUUUCUGCGGCGCGUCGGUCCCAGCAGACAGAGUAUUUUUCUGCACGUCUCGGAGCUUUGCAAUGCUCGCGCCGCGUCCCGUUCUUCCCGGCCACGCUAUAGUUACCCCUCGAAGGGAAGUGAAAGCCCUUUACGAGCUUUCCCCGGAGGAAGUUGAUGACUUGUUUCUGGCCACUCAAGUAGUGUCGUAUAUCUUGAACCGGGUAACGGGGACAGACUCUUGCACAAUGCUGCUUCAACAGGGUGAGGCAGCAGGUCAGUGUCUUCCGCAGUUGUACGUGCACCUGGUUCCGCGGCGGAAAGACGAUCUUUCCAACAACGAUGACAUUUAUCCACUGUUAGAGAAGUCCCUCCCGUUCCCCCUGGACGAAGAAGGCGCACUACACGAGGAUGAGCCGAAAUCGAAAAGCCUGCAGGCAGCGGACUUCCGCGAGUGGAUUCUGCAAAUGGCGGCCGACAAGCAACCGCUCCCAUCACGUCCCGCCGAAGUCUCCAUUUGAAAAAAACUACAGUCAUGUGCCUUUAUUCAAUUAAUUACAUGCUGUGCUUCCGGCGUGUAAUGCAGGAAGUAUAAAUCUUUGUGGUCGUCGUUCGUCAUUGUGUGACGUUUAGAUGCCGCACUGCAUGAUGGUAUGCAUCCUCUUUGCUAGAAGGACCUGCGCACAGGUGUCUUGUCCCACGAUGUGCAGCGAUUCCUUUUAGACACAGGUCUGAUUUAUCUGCAACUCCCAGGGAGAGUCCACACAUUCAAGUGGAGAGACAGAAAUACCCGUGAUGCAAUCUGUUCAAAGCGUCAUGUGCCUCCACUCGCGGGCACCCAGCUUCUUUCCGAAGGAACGUGGAAAAACU